UCCAGUCACCCACAGCAACUGCCAGCCAGCAAAAGCAGAUAACAGCAGAGGUAAACUUCCAGUCUGCUUUAGACUGAAAACUUGAAUCUUGAUGGAAAAGGGAUUUUAGCUGUUGGAAGUAACUGGAAGCACAUCAGGCACCUUCUAUUCAGUGGUCAAGUCUUCAAAGGCUUUGUGAGCAGUGGAAGUUUUUGCAUCUGGAAAGCUCUCCUGAGCUACAGUCUUCAGUGCCAAAAUUGAGUCAGGAACUAUUCAAAUUGUGGGAAAAUCAGGCCAAAUAACAUUGAAGACUAUGUACCUCCAUGAAAUAUAUUGGCACCUGCUAUGAACAGAAGACGCUGCUCAGACAUUUUCCGGGACAACUAGAAGAUGUGAAAAGUGUCUGUGAAGGCAGUUCAUUUUGUGAAACCCAACCCUACUGCACUUGAAAAGAACAGCAAGCACAGAAGGACAACAACUCACCCGUACUCUUAAUUGAUCUGGUAUUUCUACAAGGUGCCACCCUUUUCCACACCUCCUACCUCCUCCUUAAGUGACUCAGCCUCUGAAGGAGAAAUCUCUUGACUUUUCAGACAGCUGGAUGGGGAAGAACAGUUCAGCUCUCAGUCUGCUUUGAUUGUGCCCUCCUUCCAGGCUGACUAACCACACUGAGCCACGCUAGGACACUAACUUCUACCGCACCUAGAUUCCCGCAGAAGGACAAAACAAUCCCACGGGACAAAUGUCAGCUUUCAACAUACGAAAACAGUCUCCUAAUCAAGGCGAUAAGAAGAGCCCCUCUGUUGCAAUUAAAAGCAGACAACAAGCUACUCAUGAUAUUAAUAAACGACGGACCCUUUUGCAAGAUAACAGCUGGAUAAAGAAGAGGCCUGAGGAGGAAAGUGCUGAUGAAAACUAUGGAAGGGCGGUGCUUAACCAAUACAAAUCCCAAGAGAGCCUACACAGCAGUAGCACAAAUGAAAAGGAAGAUCAGAAAGCUGUUCUUGGACGAUACAGAUCUGAUACCACCUUGGACAGAAUUCCAGCUGGAAGUGAUACUGAUAAAAUAAAUCAGUCCCCAACUCUGAACCAUAAGCAAAACAACAGACAAUCUUGGACUCCUAAUGCAGCAUCCACAGCCACUGCAGUCACUUCUCCAAUCAAGAAAAAGAGGCAAUCUUGGAUGCCUCCCCCAGUUUCGAGUAGUAAGACUCUGACAGAAAAAGCGGAAAGCAAACGAACCACUUCAGAAAACUCAGAGGCUCCAACCACGGCUGCCCCUUCAUCAGAACAGGUGACUCCUCAAAAAUCAGAGACUGAUGUGGAUGAUCAAGCUACAGCAAGGAACCAAGACCUCAAUAACCUCAGCAAAGCGAUUCCAAGUUCUCUCACAAGUGACAAAGAACGAAAAGACCUUUCAGAUUUGACUGAAAAAAAUACUGCCGAUCAGAAGAAUAGGAGAGAUGAGGACCUUGGGGAUCACACUGAAGUAAAGUCUGCUGAUGACCAAAGUAAAAAGCGGAUAAUUGAGAAAUCAUAUGAAAAUCCUCCAAGGGCUCCAAAUAAUCUCCCAGAAAUAAACUACUCUCGUGACAGUGAAAGAAAGACCAGCAAAUCAUCACUUGGUGCCUAUGAAAAAAAUAUAACUGGAAAUACUAUCAAAACUGUUUAUUCUACUUCUGAUCGGAGUAUAAUUGGAAAAGAUAUAUGUACAUACUGCAGGAAGCCCUUGGGCAUAGAUGCCAAAAUGAUCUUAGAUGCCUUGCAAAUUCACUGUCAUUCGACUUGCUUCAAGUGUGAAGUAUGUAAGAGACCUCUGGAAGAUCUAAAAGCAGGAGACAGCAUUUGGAUUUACCAACAAACUGUGCACUGUGAGCCUUGUUAUUCCAAAGUUAAAGAAAAAUGGAUCUUCUAAUUUUGACAUACAGAACGUAUGAUGAAGAAAUUACUAUUGUUUAGUUAACUGUAUUGGCCUGUUAAUUCAAAACACUGUGGGAAGUUAUUAAUUUUUACUGCUAGGAAUUCUCUGAAUGAAGUCCUACUGCAUAGUUAUUAAAAGAAUUAUUUUAAUGGGAAUUUAGAUGCAUUUUCAUACAUACAUUGCAGGAAGCAAAACAAGACACUGGUCAGUAUAUUUAUCAGAUCUGUGAAACCAUUAAAUUUUACGUAAAAUCAAUGAUAAGUUAUUGAAAUUUUCUGAAUGCCAGGACAUUCCUACAUAUUUGUUUAGAAGGGGCUGUAUUCUCUUUUCCUCCAAUAUAAAGACCUGUUUGCUUAAUAUAGAAUGAAUGGGAUUCUCCUCAUCAAGAUCAGCCAUUUAGAAGUCAGUAAUUCAGUUUAAAUGACUGUUUUUCAUGCAGAGGGAAAACAGUCUGCACCUUCAAGGGGAGACAUCAAACUCCAGAGAAAGGUUCUUCCCAAAUAACUUAAAUGAUAAGUUUGAGAUGGAACAAAUUAUUUUUGGAAAAUGCAUCGCUACUACUGCAGAAGGAAUCUGGACAAAAAUUGCUAGAGGGUUUUAAGAACUACCCCAUUCCAUGUUUGCAAUUCUGGUAACUAUUUAACCACCAUUUUUUUAAGAAGUGUCCACUUAAUAGUUGCCAUGAAAUAAUGAAACACCUACUUUGCAUGACAGUAUGUUGUUGUAUUUAUCAUUCCUACUUUUAUUAAACUGACUAUUGAAACACUUUGGAUGGAUUCAUCUUGACUAAAUUUAUACAUCUACAGUGUAGAUUUCUGUUUCUGAGUUACUUGAUCUAUUCUAUCCUAUAUAGAGAAACAGACAUUUGUAGGAAGCAAUUCAAUUGGUCAGAUUGCAAACAUCUAUUUUACUGUGACAUUAAUCAAUGUACAUCUUUAUUUCCACGGUUUGCAAAGGAACCUGGAAUGAACAGCUCAGAUUUCUAGACAUCUACACUAUGUCAUUUACACUCCUUCCAUUGAGACUACAGUGAAACCUUUUUUUUUCCUUUUGGAGAGAAUAUAAGUAUUGAAACUGGAAGAAGAAUUCAUGCUUUUUUAUAAUAUGUUGUCUAAAAUAAUCAAUAGUUCAGUAGCUUACUGGACAGACAAAGGUAUUGACCACUAGUCUUUAUCAUUAGAUGCUUUAGAUUAUGGUUUAUUCAGAACAAAUUUUUCUUCCUUACAUCUCAGUUUAAAUGGACUUCCUGGACAUGACAGAGUUAGUGUUUGAAGGCUGCUGGACCUAGGAAAGAGCUUAAAAGCAUUCAAAGUAUUAAAGCCAUAGUUUAAUAAUAGACUGGUGAGUGGCUGUCCCAGUCAAACUCUCCCUCCUUGACUGCACAUUUCAUAGGGCAGGCAAGAGGUAUGGAUGUCUGAGUGAUUUAAACCACUGGGCCUGCAGCUGAGUUAAGUAUGUUGUCUGGCUUAAAGGAUGUUCAGAUUGAUUAUGCAAUGGAGACAUGAGACAGCAGAUGUUUUGUUUUGUUAAUUUUAUGAAUAUCUUAUUAAUUAAUGUCAGUAACUCUAAUAAAUCUUUAGUUAUUGAUAAUUUUUCUGGUGUGUGUCUCUUGCUGAUGACAUGUCCUAGUUAAACUAUAAUUGUUAAAAUUCCAUGCUUUACCAGUAAACAAUGGUACAAUGGGGUGAAAAAAGUACUGGCAAAAUUUUAAUGUCACAAAUUUGGUCCUGUUGAGAGACCAACACUUAUUGCUAAAGCCCAGCUACAAUGAAAGAUGUUAGACAUUCAUUUGAGCCAGCACAUUAGAACCUAGGACUUCCUAGUGUUUGAGGGGAUGAGAGAUUUCAGUUCACUCUCCCAGGGACCAGGAGCUCUGGAUGAAAAUAUCUGCUACUUAAAUGCUCACUGUCAGAGAAUCAGCAAUAAGAAACAACAAAUAAUAAUUCUGUGCUCAUUCAGUCAUCCUCACUGAACAGCCCUGGUAAUUUUGCCAUGUGUUUUUUUGUUAUUUUUUAUUAUAUGUUGUAAGUUGGCUAAGAAGAAACACCAGGUUUGUGAUUUACCGUAUCUGGCAGAGCAGUACUCAUUAAGAAAAAUCAUAUUAACAUCUCAAUACCAAUGUAUCAAAACUUAAAUGUUUUUUGUCCUUUUUGCAUAUCAUUAGCCUGUGGUGUUUCAUUUCCCUUUGACUAGUCCUUCCAUGAAACAAUCCAAAUGAAGAGUUUGCUGGCAGCUGUUUUAAUGAACGUGUUAUCUUCAAUAAUGCAUUAAAUUAGACUGAAAAACUGUGUUGAGAAAUGAUGUAUUGAAUUAUGUGGGAGUUUGUGAUUCAUCAGGCCCAUUUUUUCAGUGUGUAAUGGAUACUUUAUUUUACAAAGCUGGGGCAUUGCUCUGUGGGGAGGGGAAUUAAGCAAUC